AUGGAGAGUAGUCAGCUUCUUCUGACACGUACUUGCUGCUGCUCCUUCCCACUUCAAUCUUCAUCUUCAUCAAUUCUCCACUUUCCAACCUCUCUUCCCUUCCGAUUCCGACGCAGCCAAACUAACUCUUCCAUCAAUUCUUCCUCAUCACCAGACGCUACCUCUCCUAUUCCAUUGACUAAGGUUGCUGCCACGGAUUUAUCUCUUGCUGUCAAGAAGAAAGCAGCAGAUGUAUCCCCUGAGUUGAAAGGCUCUUCCAUAUUUUUGGUUGGUAUGAAAAGCUCUCUUAAAACCAAUCUAGGAAAACAGCUGGCUGAUGUAUUGCGAUAUUAUUAUUUUGACAGCGAUAAUUUGGUGGAAGAGGCUAUAGGUGGUGCAUCAGCUGCAAAAUCCUUCAAAGAAAGUGAUGAAGCAGGCUUCAAUGACUCCGAGACUGAAGUGCUUAAGCAAUUGUCAUCUAUGGGUCGACUAGUAGUUUGUGCUGGAAAUGGUGCUGUUCAAAAUAAAACUAAUUUGGCACUCCUGAGACAUGGGAUUACAUUGUGGAUAGAUUUUCCUUUAGACAUUGUGGCCAGGGAUGUAACCGAAAAUCAGAGUCAAUUUCCUUCAUUUGAGAUAUCUACUUCAGGAUCUUACCCAGAGGUAAUGGAUGAACUGGGUGCUAUAUACGAUGAGUACAAAAACGGAUACGCUGCAGCUGAUGCAAUUAUUUCACUUGAAAAAGUAGCUUCUCGGUUGGGUUAUGACAACUUAGAUGACAUUACAACAGAGGACAUGACCUUGGAGGUUCUUCGGGAGCUUGAGAAGUUGACCAGAGUAAAGAGGAUGAUGGAAGAAGCUGCAAGGCCAUUUUAA